UAGCGACUGUCACUACCCAAUAACCCUUUUCUCUCUCUCUUUCAGUUUUCUGUCAUAAGUGAAACAGCCUUUACUCUGUUCACUCACUAUCUCCAUACACUCGUUCUCAUCAUUAUAACUCUACCCUUUUCUCAACAUUUUUUCUAGAGUUUUCUCAGUGACAACUUCUUCUUCCUCAAUUGCAUGGCAAAUAAUCUUGUAGCUUAUGAGGUAUCUGACCUCUGUCUUGGAAAACCAUCGUUAAGAUCAUUAUCAAUAUCCUCAACAAUUUCUGAAGCUUUAUCUGAAUUAAAACAAUCUGAAGAUAAUUAUCUAAGUGUAUGGAAUUGUAUUGAUCAACAUCAUCAUCAUCAUAUUAAAAAGGAUCAAUCUAAUUUAAGUAAUAAUAAGAUAAUCACAUUUGAAAACUGCCAAUGUGUUGGAAAAAUCAGUAUGGUUGAUAUCAUUUGCUUUCUUUGUAAAGAAGAAAAUCUUGAUUCGCCUUCUUCUGCUCUCAAAUCUCCUAUCUCUGUUCUCAUUUCAACGGAUUCUGGCCUUGUUCAACAUGUUGAACCUCAUACAAGUUUAAUAGAUGCAAUUGAUCUGAUAGUGGAAGGAGCACAGAACCUAAUUGUACCAAUUCAGAGCAAUUUCAACAGCAGGAAAAAGCAACAACAAAAAUCAUCAUUCAAAACAAGUCAUGAAUUUUGCUGGUUAACUCAAGAAGAUAUUAUAAGAUUUCUUCUGAGUUCAAUAGGGGUAUUUUCACCACUACCAGCUUACUCAAUUGAAUCUCUAAACCUUAUCACUACAGAAUGCUUAGCAAUUGGAUAUGAUGAACCAGCUUCAUCUGCCAUUGAUUCAAUUACUCUUGCUUUGAAACAACAAACUUCAGUUGCAGUGGUAGAUAAUGAAGGAAAAUUAAUUGGAGAGAUUUCUCCAUUUACUUUAGCUAGAUGUGAAGAAACAGUAGCAGCUGCAAUUACAACAUUGUCAUCAGGUGAUCUAAUGACUUAUAUUGAUUGCGGUGGUCCACCUGAAGAUAUUGUUAGAUUAGUAAAAUCGAGAUUGAAAUCAAGGAAUUUAGAAGGGAUGUUGAGUUUAAUGGAGGAAUUGAAUCUUUCUGGAUCAUUCUCUUGUUCAUCAUCAGAUGAAGAAUUGUCUUCGUCGUCUCCGACAGCGCCGUUUCGAAGAAGUAGACAUAGUAGAUCAAGAAGUUAUUCAGCAAGAAUGAUUAGAAGAUCAGAAGCAAUUAUUUGUAAUCAGGGAAGUUCAUUAGUUGCUGUUAUGAUACAGGCAUUAACACAUAGAGUUAACUAUGUUUGGGUUACUGAAGAUGAUAAUACUUUGGCUGGAAUCGUUACAUUUUCUGAUAUAUUGAGUGUUUUGAGGGAGCAUUUACAAUCUUGAUAGUAGGAAUGAGUGUAAAACUUAUAAAUUAUGAAACGCAGGCCAGAAAAAAGAAGAAAAAAAAAAGUGAAUCGAAAAUGAAACUGGGUUAAAAGUGAAGCUUCGUUUCUUUUAUCUUUUUUUAUCUUCUUUCUCCUUUGGUGUAGGGUAUGAAGUGUCUUUGGAUUUAUGUAUGUUUUGGUGUUAUGUAUGAAAUGAAGUGAACCAAAGAAAAACGUUUUCUUUUGGGGUUCUGAACUUCUUCUGAUUCUUGAAACAAUGAGCUCUCUUUUGAUAUAAUUUAGUCAGAUGUUUUUAUUUUAUGA